AUGGCAACAGGUGUUCGACGGACCGCCCCAAAAGUUGCAAUCUACGGCUAUAUAAAGUCUGAUGAGGGAUGCUCUGCGGCUGUGUACGAUACAGCUAACGACGAUUGGCAUGGUGUAGGAAUCAAAGCAAACUGUUCGACGGCGGGAGAAGAGACACCGGAUUUGAAGUGGUUAUCCAGCGUGAUUGAAAAACAUCUCGGAAUCAAUUACACCGACAUCCAGGAAGACGAAGACGAGGCGUGGAAAACGGAUGAGAUGGACCCUCAGGGCGCUUCGUUUACUAUUCAAAUAUGGCCGCGUAAAGAAAUGCUUGACUAUGGUUGCAGAUCCACUGACAAAUUCGAGACCACACUCUUGGACAUUACAAACCUGCGCCGACUUGAUGCCAUAGCUUACAGAUGUUUUUGGAAAGAUCAAGACUGCGUACUGAAGUACAUUGAAACCGAUGCCGACUCGACUGUAAUUGAGUCUGAAAUUGAAAGACGAAGUGCUCUUAUAGAAAUGAGCCAAAUACCGGCGAGUCAAGCUAAGUCGGAGAUGUCCAGGCGCUUCUGUGUUGUCCCAAUUCUUGCCGUUGUUGUGGCUGAUUGGCACCCCGCGAAACCCGGGAAGGUUGUCGGCAUCCUCAUGCCAUAUGCCGGCGAGGAUUUGGCAAAGAAGAGAAAGAAGAGUGGAAGUAACCUGGACCUCACACUUCAACAGCUUCAAGGCUUGGUCCGAGGGGUGCGAGAGCUUGGGGCGUGUGAGGUGGUCCACGGUGACAUAAAGCCAUGGAACACGCUUCUUCAGCCGUCCGCAGCGGCUGCUGGGCCGGCCCGCCUAAUGCUCAUCGAUAUUGGCAUGGAGCUUCUAGGAUAUCCCGGGGACGCAAGGGCGUUAGGAAACGUGUUAUUGUUUUGUCUCGAAAACGCGCCGGCAUUGAGAAACGACGAACAAGCUGGAUUAAGGGUGAUGUACGCGGCGAAAGAGCUUUUGAACGCAAAACUUGAUAAGGCCAUUGAGUACUUAUCGGCGACAAAGCUGAUCCACGUAGAAUCCAAAGGCGUAACGGAAGCGGAAAUUGAGUCUCUCCGGGAGGAGUUAUGGCCAAGGCCGAAUGUUCAUUAA